GUGGACACUAACAACCUCAUCUGCGACCUAGACACGUGGACGAGUGGAGUGGAGAAACCGAGGGAAAAGCCUCAAAUUCCAGCUCUGGGCCUUGGUCUUUCUCCCAUACUCUCCUCUUGUCAGAAGCAACAAGCCGAUUUUUGCAGAAAGGGUGAGGGGACGUUCUAAAAGUGUCCUCCAGCCUUCCAGCAAACGCUACCUCCUAUGAGCUGUGGGUGCAGCCUCUAUUAGCUUAGCGUGUGCGAAGAGGCCCUGGUUCUCCUGGGUUCAGUUCUUAGCACCACCGAGCCAGAGGAACCAGGGAGGACAAAAAUAUCUUUCUGGAUUCCUGUCCGUUUUGGAUAGAGGAAGGACAUUCCCCAAGAAGGGUCAGAUAUGCGUGGUACACUACACAGGAAUGCUCCAAAAUGGCAAGAAAUUCGAUUCAUCCAGAGACAGAAACAAACCCUUCAAGUUCAGAAUUGGCAAACAGGAAGUCAUCAAAGGUUUUGAGGAAGGCGCUGCCCAGAUGAGCUUGGGGCAGAGGGCGAAGCUGACCUGCACCCCUGAUGUGGCAUAUGGAGCUACUGGCCACCCUGGUGUCAUCCCUCCCAAUGCUACCCUCAUCUUUGACGUGGAGCUGCUCAACUUAGAGUGAAGGAAGGAAGGUGGCCGGCGAUGGCUCCUGCUCUGUCCUAGCCUGCUCUGCCACUGGGACGGCUCCUCCUAUGCAGGGCUCUUGAUCAGUGUGCUGACCUCACUGCCCCUUGACAUUAUCCAUUCUUCCCGCCCGACUUGCUCUGUAUGUGUCCGCCACUUUAAUUGUCCCCAUACGUCUUUGCUUGAGAUUUCAUUACAGAUCCAGACAUUUCAAGAUGUGCAUUUUGUGUGAUGCAUGUACUAGCCAUUCCUGAUCAGAGGACGCAGAUCUUGUUUGCACAAUCUAUAUUGCCUUACCUGCACUUAAGCCAGACAUACAAGGUGCUCAGACAUGCGCUGUCCAUGGUUCCACGGAGGGACUUGAGCCAGUUACCUUUGCUGUCACAUUCUUAUCUUCUGUUGGCUGCCUACUUUCAGCAGUGCCCUCUUUGGAAAUACUGUGUAAAAUAAAGGCUCCAUGCUUGGCAUCUUCCUGUC